UGUCUUCUGCUGUCACCCUCCUGGUGUCACCAUCCCAGCAUCACUCUCCUGUUGCAGAGCAGCAAGUUGUAGGUGAGACGGGUGUGUGUCCCGGGGUGCCCUGUGGGUGCUUUGUCCAUGCUCAGUCAGACAGAGCUGCAUGCUGCAGGGUCCAGGUUGGUGGUUUUGGGGCAUUUUGGGUUCGUGUGCAAUCAGCAACCCUAAACCUUCCCCUGACCUGUGGUCUGCUGCAACAACACCAGGGACCCAGUUCCUUGCUCCUCUGGGGUGCUGAUGUAAGGGAAGAGGUGCUAUUCUAGUUUAGACCCCCAGGUCUGGGUGAUGCCAGCACGUUGUGGGCAUCCCUGCCCUUAGCAGGGCUCUGAGUGGGCUCCUGUCCCCGCAGUUGGGACCCUUGUUUCCAGCAGUGGGUGCAGCGAUGGGCGUGGUGACCUCUGGUCUGUGCUCUGGUGCUAUCGCUGCUGCUCCCUGAGCAGGCACAAUGCCAAGUGACCGGGCUGCCCUGGCUGGUGGCUGCCCUCAGAGGGUUGCUGGGGCGGGGUUGGACCUCCCCUCAUCAGUCAGCCCUGCCACAUGCCCCUGUCCCCAGCAGGAUGGCCAAUCCAGACACCUAUCUGCGUCAGCCCUGGCUCACAGUGCAUGGCAUCCCCAUGGUCAAUGCCUUCGCCCACAACUGGGAACGGAUUGACACCUUCCAGAGCCGCCCUGAGGACAUCGUGGUGGUCACCUUCCCUAAAUCUGGCACCACCUGGGUCAGCGAGAUUGUGGACAUGAUCCUGCAAGGUGGAGACCCUGAGAAGUGCAAGCGGGACAUUAUCAGCAAGAGAGUGCCUAUGCUGGAGUUUUCUGCCCCUGGAAAGAUGGCAUCAGGAACAGACCUGCUGGCCACCAUGCCCUCACCACGCAUACUGAAGACUCAUCUGCCAGCACAUAUCCUGCCCAAAUCCUUCUGGGGAAACCAUUGCAAGAUGAUCUAUGUGGGGCGCAACGCCAAGGAUGUGGCUGUCUCCUACUACCACUUUGACUUGAUGAACAAGUUGCUGCCGCACCCAGGGACAUGGGCCCAGUACCUGGAGGAGUUCAUGGCUGGCAGAGUGGCAUAUGGUUCCUGGUACAACCAUGUCAAGGGCUACUGGGAGCGCAGGAAGGAUCACCCCAUCCUCUACCUCUUCUACGAGGAUUUGAAGGAGAACCUCCACCGGGAGAUUGCCAAGGUGGCCCAAUUCCUGGGGCAGAAGCUGUCAGAGGGGGCGGUGGACACCAUUGCCCGCCACACUUCCUUUGAGGCCAUGCGGGACAACCCUGCAACCAACUACAGCAAGGUGCCCUCUGAUCUCAUGGACCACGGCGUGUCCCCCUUCAUGCGCAAAGGCACCACUGGAGACUGGAAGAACCACUUCACCGUGGCCCAGAACGAGCGCUUUGACCAGGACUAUGUGCAGAAGAUGUCAGACACCGACCUGUGCUUCCGCACUCAGAUCUGAGGAGACACCGCCAGACACGCCCAAAAUCUGCCCUGUGCUGUGAUGGCACUGCUGCCAUUCCUUCUUCUCCCCUGGGACUUCUGGAGAGAAAUAAAAUGUGCUCCCUGA